AUGUCUAGCUCCAGGAAGAAGGUUCUCCUGAACACAGUGUCUGUCAAACUAGGCUGUGGAAGCUGCAGAAGACUGAAGCUAAGCAACAUUUUCAACCCAAAACCAAAACCCAAAAACCCCACUUACCAAAAACACAAACUUUACAACAACCACUACUCUACUUCCUCCUCAGGUCCUUGGAAUGAAGACAAAUACGACACUACAAGCACCACCAACACCACCAACACCAACACUGCCACCACAUUUUCACCUCUCUACUCAUCAAACCUUUCUGACUCUGAAACCUACGCAAAGGACCAGAGAAGAGUAGGAGGCUUAGGAAGAGGUGGAGGAGGAGAAGGUGUGGCUGUUGAGAAAGACUCUGAAGACCCUUAUCUUGACUUCAGACACUCCAUGCUUCAAAUGAUAUUGGAGAAUGAAAUAUACUCUAAGGAUGAUCUUAGAGAGCUUCUCAACUGUUUUCUUCAGCUGAAUGCACCUUAUCACCAUGGUGUUAUUGUUAGAGCUUUUACUGAGAUUUGGAAUGGUGUUUCUGAUAAGAGGGCUCAUACCAACCGUACCCGUAAGCCACGUGAAUAUUAA